UUUUGCCACUUCUUUUCACAUGUUGUAAAACAGAAGUUUGGAUUUCGAUAUGGAUGGUUCUCAAGAAUUUGAUCCUCAUCCAUUCACGAUCAAAUUAUGGCCGCCCAGUUCAAGCACAAGAAUGAUGCUUGUGGAAAAUAUGACCCAGAAUCUCUCCUCGGAAUCGAUCUUCUCCAGGAAGUACGGCCUGUUGAGCAAAGAAGAGGCUCAUGAGAAUGCUAAGCGAAUCGAGGAUGAAUGCUUUGUUGCUGCCAGUAAACAUUUUGAAAAAGAGCCUGAUGGUGUUGGAAGUUCUGCAGUUCAAUUCUAUGCUAAACAAACCAGCAAGCUGAUGUUGGAAGUGCUUAAAAAAGGCCCUAAACCCAAAGAUGGUGAAAUGGCAGCGGUUGAUAGACCUGUUAAAUCUGGUGAAGUUGUGUUUGAUAUUUCAGGGGGUACUAGGGCAUUUAUUGAUGCUGAGGAGGCCAGAAAACUUCUUAGCCCGCUAACUGAGCAAGGAAACUCAUUCAGAAAGAUAUGCCUCAGCAACAGAAGCUUCGGUAUCGAUGCAGCUCAUGUUGCAGGGCCUAUUCUGGCCUCUCUCAAGGAGCAGCUGACUGAAGUAAAUCUAUCAGAUUUUAUCGCAGGAAGACCAGAGGAAGAAGCUCUUGAAGUGAUGAGGAUAUUUUCAUCAGCCUUGGAAGGCAGUGUUCUCAGAUAUCUGAACCUGUCCGACAAUGCCCUAGGUGAGAAGGGUGUCCGGGCAUUCGAGGCACUUUUAAGAUCACAGAAGAGCAUAGAGGAGCUUUACUUAAUGAAUGAUGGAAUAUCUGAGGAGGCUGCCAAAGCUGUGUGUGAGUUAAUUCCAUCGACUGACAAGCUUAAGAUCCUGCAUUUCCAUAACAAUAUGACAGGAGAUGAGGGUGCUAUUGCUAUUUCUGAGGUCCUCAAACGUUCUCCUCUGCUGGAGGACUUCAGAUGCUCAUCGACCAGGGUGGGCUCUGUGGGUGGAAUUGAGUUGGCCAAGGCAUUGGAGACCUGCACUCGUUUGAAGAGGAUUGAUCUCCGUGAUAAUAUAUUUGGUGUUGAUGCUGGGAUAGCCCUGAGCCAGACACUUGAAAAGCUUGUUCACGUUAAAGAAAUCUACCUUAGCUAUCUAAAUCUAGAAGAUGAGGGGGCCAUUGCCAUCGCUAAUGCCCUGAAACAAUCUGCUCCUUCUCUAGAAGGCUUGGACAUUACUGGAAAUGAUAUCACACCAAAAGCUGCCCCUGCACUGGCAGGGUGUGUUGCCAUCAAGAAGUCACUCAGGAUGCUGAUCUUGUCUGAGAAUGAGCUGAAGGAUCAGGGUGCUGUUCUCAUUGGCAAAGCAUUGGAAGAGGGCCAUACACAGCUCAGAGAACUUGAUCUGAGCACCAACCUGAUACAGAGGGUAGGAGCAAGAUGCUUGGCUCAGGCAGUGUCAAACAAGACUGAUUUCAAGCUGCUAAACAUAAAUGGCAAUGCCAUUUCAGAUGAAGGCAUCGAUGAGGUGAAGGAAAUACUAAAGAAUGGCAAAAAUUCUGUGGACGUGCUUGGACCAUUGGAUGAGAAUGAUGUCGAAGGGGAAGGUGAAGAGGACGAAGACGAAGGAGAGAAAGAAGGUGCUACCGAAGAGGGAGAAGGUGCAUUGGAGUCAGGACUUCAGCAUCUCAAAGUUGAGCAGGACUAGGAGACGAACUGUAUUGAUGCAUGAGGUGCAAAAUACACUCUUGUUAACUGUUGAUGUUACCUCUUGAGCAAGGCCUGCUGUUGGAGCUCAGCAACCUUCCCUCAGUACGAGGUAGACGAUGCAGGUAACAUUGGCUCGACUUCUCCAUGUCUUGUAUUAUCUGCCGAAGUUGUUGAUCUGUACUGCACUGGCUUGAUGAUUUAUGUCAUGUUUCAUGUAGUCA